AUGUCAAGUGUACAAGAACAAGACCAUUAUAACGAUGUUAUGAGUAGUGACGGUGAGGAGGAUGAUAAUGUUGAGAUGCUAGAUUCUCUGAAUGAGGAUGCAACUGUUGGUUGUGCACCUGCACCAGUUUCACUUGGAAAGAAACAUAAACUUAGAUCCCAAGUUUGGGAAUUUUUUAAACUCGUUAAAUAUAAAGAUGGAACAAAGAAGGGAGUGUGCAAGGCUUGUAAUGCAGGAUAUAAAUAUGAAAGUCAAAAAGGUGGAACCUCAGCCAUGAAAAGGCAUAAGUUCCCUAACCGUCAGUCUCAGGACGUAGGGAAAAUGAUAUUAUCUGCAAAGAAUGGCCAGGUGUCUACCCGCGUACGCAAAGUUGAUCAGAUGAAAUUAAGGGAUCUGUUUUCAGCAUUACUCAUUGCAAGAAAUGUUCCAUUUUCUUUGGUGGAGUGGAAAGAAUUUAGGGAUAUAUGUAGGAUAUGUCUAACAUCAGACAUGUGGACUUCUGUAACGACUACUGGAUAUAUAAGCUUAACUGCGCACUAUCUUGAUCAAGAUUGGGUGUUUGAAAACAAGCUUCUGAAUUUCUGUCCCCUUCCACCACCUCAUACAGCUCUUAUUGUAAAAGAAGGACUUAAGAAGAUUGAUCCAGCCGUGCUUAAGAUAAGAUUGUCAGUGAAGUCCCUUAAAAAGUCCCAAGUAAGAAAACAAAAGUUCUUGGACAUUGUUGAUACUUUAGGAAUGUCUGGAAUAAAAAGGGGUAUUCGUCAAGACGUAAAUACAAGGUGGAAUUCAACUUAUCUUAUGUUAGAUAGUUGUAUCUUGUAUAAGCAAGUUUUCUCUCAUUUGAAGUUGGUAGAUUCAGACUAUGAAGACUAUCCAACUGAUGAAGAAUGUGAACAAAUUGAAGUAGUCACAAAGUUUCUCAAGGUGUUUCAUGAUCUCACAAAGAUAUUUUCUGGUAGUAAGUAUCCUACUUCCAUUCCGUAUUUUGAAAGAAUUUGUCAAGUUCAGGUGUUACUAAAGAAAGAAAGCAGAAAUGACAUUGAAUUCAUUAGGAACAUGGUAAAAGAGAUGCAAGCAAAAUUUGAUAGUUAUUGGAAGGAGUUGAGUCCUAUAUUGGCUAUGGCAGUUGUGUUAGAUCCUAGAUCGAAAAUGAAUUUUGUGAAAUUUACUUACUCCAAGUUGUAUCCUGAGGUGAGAGAAUUAGAACGUGAAGUUAAUAAAGUGCGUAGUAAUAUGACAACACUUUUUAAUGAGUAUUACACCUUGUCAAGUUCAACAGCUUCCAACAGUUGUGCAACUCAAAAUUUGGGUAUUCAAAAUGGUGGGAAUUCUGCUGCCGAAGAAGGGAGUGAUUUUUUUCAGGAAUAUGUUGCAACACAGGAACGUGGUGGUGAUGUACUAACUGAAUUGUCAGAGUUAGAUGAAUAUCUUGGCGAGUCGUACAGAGGUUGUCUAAAUUCACCACUCGACAUCCUAAACUAUUGGAAGAACCAUGAACAACGAUUUCCAGUACUUUCAAUAAUGGCAGGGGAUAUUUUGUUAAUUCCUAUUUCAACUGUCGCUUCAGAAUCUGCAUUUAGCAUUGGAGGAAGGGUAAUUGAUCGAUUUCGCAGUUCCUUAUUACCUGAAAAUGCUGAGGCGUUCAUAACAACUCGUAAUUGGGAAUAUGGAAUUGGAAAAGAAGAUAUGGAUGAGAACAAUGAGAUUAUUGAAGAAGAUGUAUUAGGAUUUGAACCUGAUGCAGUGGAGGAUGGAGCAGUGGAGGAUGGGGCAGUGGAGGAUGUGGAGGAAGUAAUUUCUUAUGCGUCUAAUUAG